UAAUCCUAAAAGAUAAUCCAAUUAACUUUUAAAUGUGUCAAACAAAUUAUGUCUGACGAUAAACCUUGGGCAUGACGUACGAGACUUUAAUUAUCAAAACACAGCGUCGAACGUUUUGUAAACACUGAUACAUUGAUACUGGAGUAAGUAUACACGAAAUAUUUCUCCCAAGAGUUGCACGUUUUUUAUACACGAAAGUGCAUCACUUAUAAUACGUUCGCCUAAUUUUCCUCUGGUCGUCAAAUCGACAUGCAUCGCAGCAAGGUUCUCAAAGAGCUUUAUUCGCGUGCCUUCCAAGACGCAUUUGAAAAGAGACGCACUUAAUAUCGUCGCGCAAGCGCACGUUUCACAAAUCUCGUCGUGUCUACGAGCUUCCCUAUCCCGGUGGUCGUUAGUAAGGGUGCAUUAUCGAACCACCGAAGCUUGCGAAUCGCGAUAACACUCGGUCGUACGUGAGACUCCUCGCUCGAAAACGCUACAUCGGCAACCACGAUUACAAUGGCAAAAAUAACAACAGCGUUGUAUCUGCUAUACUUGGCUGGUACUGCCUUUACCCUGAACGAGGAACUGCUGGAGCAAGAAUGCCCCGUAGAUUGUCAUUGUCACUAUUUUCGCAUCAACUGGGUGACGGACUGUUCGGAUAGCAAUCUUACGACCAUCCCAUACAACGAACUUAGCGAUAAUGUCUAUAUUUUAGACAUGAAUGAUAAUAAUAUCGCAAACAUCGGUCCUUUUCCAAGCUCGAUCAAAUUAAGGCGCCUUCAGAUGGCACAUAACCAGCUAACCGAGUUGACAUACGAAUCCUUCGCUGGAUUAACGUAUCUGUUGGAUGCAGAUUUCUCAUACAACGCCAUUAGGCAUGUAGAUCCUGAAGCGUUUCGGGACAGCCCCGGUCUAAUUACAUUGGAGCUUCAACAUAAUCCUUUGGAGGAGGUUAAAGCACAUUUCCUGAAUUGCCGCACAUUGUUGUAUCUCGAUCUAAAUUCAUGCGGUAUCCAUCAUCUUAACACAGGUUUCUUCCACAAUACGACGAAUUUGAAUAAGCUCGAUUUGUCGCACAAUCCCCUGCAAAGAAUAGAACCAGGUCCCUUCGAUCAUCUAACGAAUUUGGAAUAUCUCAGGUUGAACGGAUGCAAUUUAACCUACAUAUCUCCCGAGGCGUUUUCGCACUUGGAAAAUUUGCGACAUUUAGAAAUAGCAGACAAUCAAUUGAAAACAUUAAAUUGGAGGAACGUUCUCACGCCAUUGGUGCGUCUGGAACAUCUGGAUAUCAGUAAAACCGGUAUUACAAAUUUACCGGGUGACGCCUUUGCUAAGAAUUUGUAUCUCCGUCAAUUGAUUCUCGCGAAUAAUGAAUUGUGGCACCUGGAUGUCGAAGAUACGCUCGGACACAAUCUACACAGCCUUCAAUCUCUAGAUUUGUCGUAUUGCAAUUUACGAGAUCGCCUAUCCGAGGAAGCUUUCACAAACGCAAGUAAACUACGCGUACUCAAUCUAAGCGGUAAUCCAAUGUUCGCCAGCGAUUUAACUGCCGUUCUCCGCCAUCUGCCCAAGCUUCAUAAACUCUCUCUCAGCAAUUGUAGUCUUCGAAGAUUACCAGACGCCUUCGAUGUAUUCGAACAUCUCGAGGAACUUGAUAUUUCCCACAAUCCGCUAUCCGACGCAUUUGUCAGUCUUCUCAAUCCGUUGACAUCUUUGGAAUAUUUGGAUAUAUCUUAUUGCGGUCUUGGUCAUGUCGGAAAUAAUACUUUUGCACAAAUGACUUUUCUAAAGCAGUUGAUUCUUUCGGGGAACGAGCUUCAUACUUUAGAAGAAGGAUUAUUCGCGAAUCUAACACGUUUGGAAAGUCUAGAACUCAACAACUGUGACCUUAAGAUACCUCUUGAUCCAAAAAUCUUCGGUGACCAUCAGUCGACAAACAUAAUAGAAGUCAAACUCAGUGGCAAUCCGCUGAUCGUACCCGACGAAGGCUCGUUGCUUCCAACGCAGUUAUCUAAGGUAGAGAUUUUAGAUCUCAGUAACUGCGGUAUCUCGCAUUUGAAUGAGGACAUAUUUACCACGACGAAUAAUCUCACCCAAUUAAAUCUUUCGGGAAAUAUCAUUUCUGGUGUGGAAAAUCUGAGCUGCCUGAAGAAACUGCACGCGUUAGAACACAUAGACCUUAGUAAUAACAAAUUGCGCACGAUCAAUCCAAAAGUAUUCGAGUCAAAUCCACACUUACUAUCGAUCAAUCUUAUGGGAAAUCCGUUUAUUUGCAAUUGCUCUAUCGCGGAGACAUGGAAUUGGGCCGUGCAGGAAAAAGGUGAUCUUCACGUGCUCGUUGGCAGUCAACUUACCAGUUUUGAAACUGGCUCCGUAAAGCGAAGGAAGACCCUUUCCUGCGUCUAUGACGAGGAAACUUAUCGAAACAUAAUAGACGGGAAUCAAACAAUCCCAAGUCGCAAACAUUAUCCCAGUCAAUUUACACCUUCUCGUACUUGGGCUAAGUAUGUUCGCGAGUCUAAUUGUAAUUGGCGUUCAUGAUACGCGGCGAACAACUAUCAGCAUCCGAUGCUGAACGUCUAUUAUCGUAAGGUACGUAAGCACAGAGAGGAACUUUGAAUAAGAGAGUUUCUGCUAAAUAUUAUUACAUCGUACAAGCCAUAAACUAAUAGCGAUAUCGUGAAAUUUACAUUUCGGUGGCAUUAUUUUUAUAGUCAUAGGAUUAAGACAGAUACGGAAAAUAGUUUAUGUAUUAGAAAAUAUCAUAAAGUAUGUCCGCAUUGAAAUGUUGCUAAGUCAAAUACUCGGUUUUGUAUAUACAUAUAUACAACACUUCUCUUUUUUAUAUAUAGUAUAUAUUAUAAUAACUAUUUGCAUCAAUUAAACAUUAUAUUUUCAUGUGUCCAAGUUAAUAAUGUAAUAUGUUUAGUCAAAUGUUAGCAUAAUCAGCUGCCAAUGUGAUCGGUUGUUAAAAAUAAAGCUAAAAAAUUUAAAGGAACAAAAUAAUAAAAAUUAAAUUUAUUAUAACUAAAGUUUUAUAUAUCUUUUUAGAAAACGUCUUAUAUAUAUAUAUAUAUAUAUAUAUAUAUAUAUAUAUAUAUAUAUAUUUAUCACAUUGAAAUAUAGCCUCUCUCUUUUAUACUGUAUCAAAUAUAUAAAUUAAGUUAAUUUCAUAUUUUUAAUUAAAUACACAAAAUGUUGGAGAAGUUUAAUAUCUCUAUAUCAUAGAAAAAAGAUUUAGAAAAACAUAAAAAGCCUAUUUUUCAUAAGCAAAAGUAGUAAAUAUAUCAUUUGUACAUUUAAUGACUGGUCUUUUUUUAUUUAUAGAUAGGAACUGUUUGCAAGAUAGUAGACAUUGAUGAUAUGAAGAAUAAAUAUAUAUUUAAUUAAGUUAAUAAUUAAGUUAAUAAUUAUUUUUUUUAUAGAUAAAGCUUAUGAAGUGCUCCCGUAUCGAUAUAUGUAAAAUUAUGCAAACAUCUUGCAAGUAUCUGUUUUCUAAGUAUGCGUACACACACACACUUACUUUUUUUCAGAUAUAAUUUCAUUGUCUUGAUUUAAUGGAAUUUUAUUUAUACGAUUAUUUUAAUUUUUUGAUAAAAUUUUAGUUGUUAAAAGUGUUAAACCAAAAAAUAUAAUUACUAAAGUAUUUUCAUUUGUUAUAAAUAAAAUUUUAAUUAAUAAUGUAAAUUUAGUUGUAACAAUUACACAUUUAUAAUACAAUAUAUAUUUAUAUAUAUGUAACCUUAUAUAUAACAAAUUUUAGUUCUUCUAAAUUCUCUAAAGUUAUUCUUAACAAAAUGCAAUAUUAUUUUAUAUUUAUUAUACAAAACUCUUUCUCCUUUAUUUUGCAAUUGUUUAUUUGACCAAUAAAAUUCGAGAUUCUAAAAAAUAUACCGUAACUAGAUUUUUUAACAAUUACAUAGUUCACAUAAUUAAGUAGUUCACAUAUACGUAUAAAUACAAUUACAUCAUCACAUCCAAUAGCGUGUGAGUACGUGACCAUGAACUUUAUUAAAUUAGAUGUCUCUAUUUGAUUUUAUAAUAGCUACAGAAAAUGCUUGAUUAUCGUUAAAAGCUGAUUUUCCAGUAUACCCAAUUGUUACAUAGAAAAUACGAUAGCUUUGUUUUCAAUUUGUUAUUCACAUAUAUUUUAUGCCUCUCUUAUUUUUAAGUUAAUUAAAAAAUUUUAUUGCAUUAUAUAAUUAUUUGUACGACAAGUUUAUAAUGCGCGAAAUAUCGCACGAAUAAAUCUACUAACUAUAAAAUUAGUACGAAGUUGAUCUUAUAGUGAAAUCAUCAUGGUAUUCAUAAAACUCGUCGAUGUCAUGUUUUAUAAAUUAUUAUACUUUGUGCGUUAUAGCAUGCUUUGCUAUAAUAUUUAUGUUUUGAUUAUGAAGUUACAUCGACGAUUAUUUAAAAGUGAGAUAGAAUCUCAAUUUUCCUAUGAACACAUCUUUAAAAAAAUAUAUAUGUAUAUAUAUAUAAUUUGGUAUAAUUAAAAAAAUUUUCUCUAAACAACUAUAGACAACAAGGAUUAUUUUCAAAACAUUUCAAAUUUGCGAAUCAAAUGUCGAACCAAAUUUUAGUUAAAAGAACUAAACUUGCUCGAAAAAGAAAUAUUAGAUUAACAUGACAUUUUUUUCUACUUGACUCAUAUAUUAUAUAAUACAUAUUCUUAUAUUCUUUUUCGAGGUUUGUUUUUUUUUGCAGAUAAUGUUUAAUUCACAAAUUGAAUUGAAAUAUCUAAAACAAUUCAUUAUAUAAAAAAUGUAAAAAUAAUAUUUCAUUAUAUAUGUAUAAAAAAUCUCGUAUGUAUAAUAUUUAGAACAGUUUAAACUAUAUAUAUAUAUAUAUAUAUAUAUAUAUAUAUAUAUAUAUAUAUACAUAUCGUUUAUUAAUGUAAACUGCAAUCUAUAAUUUCGUUUUCGCAAUCCAAUAUUUAGGAAAUAAGGAAUUAAUUAUAUUUUAAAUAUUUAUUUAAGCUAAGAUUAACCAAAGUAAGAGAGAAAGUAAAGUGAUAUAAAAAGAGAUAUAUUUCUUUCGCUCUUUCACAUUCGAACAAUAUCGAUCAUUCAAAUGUGCAAAAUCUCGCAUAUAUCUAACAACAUAAAAACAUUAUUUUCGAAUUAUAAUGCGGACGAUGUGUAUUAGUUUAUUAUAAUCACGAAAUGUAAAAGACUGUAUUUAAUAAAGCUGUAAAUCUUCUUGGUAUA